CGUGCUUACGCACAAUUGCAUUGCACUGCAAUUUCAGUGGUUUUUAGAUGUUUUAUUGACAUGCAAGCAAAUUAGAUGUACCUUCGGUAGUGGUCGUAUCUAAGCAUAUUCGAAUAAUAACCAAGCCAAUAAGAAAAGUUUUAAUAGAAAUUGUUCAAUGACCUUGAAUCAUGGUUAACCGAGCGUUGAAUCUUUUAACCCGAUGUGUCAGACAAUUUUGUUUAUAAAUUAAUAUAUUUCUUUUCUUCGCACACUCGUAGUAAUUCGUUAGCAAAUCAUUAUUCAAGCAUUUUGAUUUGUUUCAUCUGUUUCGGCAGAUACGAAUAAAUUGUGAAUGAUUGCGAAUAAUUUGUGCACCAGUUUAUUUGAAAGGCCCUACUUUGAGCAAUUCUAAUAAUAUUGCUUAAAUACUGUAUCAUAUUAUACAAAUAUUUUUCAUCAGAGAUGAGUUGCGUUCGUUGUUGUUUAAUUAGUGCUGGUCGCAUUGCAUCUUCGAAUCAUAUAGCUAAUCAUGUUCACAAAAUUGCGAGAGUAGCUGUUACUAGAUGUUUAACGGUCAGUAGUACAUUGGGAAAAGCUCCUGUGGAACCGACUCCACCCGGCAAGGACGGUAAUAGUGGAGUAUCCUCCGUAGGUAAUGGAUCAGGAGGUGGAGGAGGUGGAGGAGGAGGAGGAGGAAAAGGAGGAAAAAAAAACACGCUCACAUGUCCGAAAUGUGGAGACCCUUGCACUCAUGUAGAAACUUUUGUAUCAUCGUCAAGAUUUGUAAAAUGCGAGAAGUGUCAUCAUUUCUUCCUUGUUUUAUCAGAAAUAGAUUCGAAAAGAAGUCUCAAAGAAGCUAUGAGAUCAGAUGAUACGAAACAAGGAUUCUACAGAAAACCACCACCGCCGCCAAAGAAGAUAUUUGAAUACUUAAAUAAACAUGUUGUGGGGCAAGAAUAUGCUAAAAAAGUGUUGAGUGUUGCAGUUUACAAUCAUUAUAAACGAAUCUACAACAACUUGCCAGUACAGACAUCGAUGCAGGGAUCUACAAAUUCAAGUGGUACACAAGAUCCGAAUCAGCCCUUCAUUCACAGAGGUCUUAAACCACAUUUACUGCACAUUUCCACUAUUGGAAAUUCAUUCGGUGUCGGAUUCCAACAGUUCCCUACGGGAAGCGAACAAAAGUCGGCUAGCAAUCAGUCGGUGCCUGGUUCGGAUAUUCUCGAUAGUAAGCAACAUCAGUUAAAAUUAGAGAAAAGCAACAUUCUGUUGCUCGGUCCCACCGGAAGUGGAAAGACGUUACUCGCGCAGACAAUAGCCCAGUGCCUGGACGUACCUUUCGCUGUCUGCGACUGCACGACGUUAACGCAAGCUGGUUACGUCGGUGAAGAUAUAGAAAGCGUUAUAGCGAAGCUCCUCCAAGAUGCCAACUAUGUGGUCGACAGAGCCCAAAUGGGUAUCGUAUUUUUAGACGAAGUCGAUAAAAUCGGCGCUGUUCCUGGCAUACAUCAACUGCGAGACGUUGGCGGGGAAGGUGUUCAACAAGGGAUGUUGAAAAUGUUGGAAGGCACCAUCGUGAACGUGCCCGAAAGAAAUAGUUCGAGAAAAUUACGCGGGGACACGCUCCAGGUGGACACUACGAAUAUUUUGUUCGUUGCUUCUGGUGCUUACAAUGGACUGGAUCGAUUGAUUUCACGGCGGAAAACUGAAAAAUACCUCGGAUUCGGUGCAACACCUUCUACCGAGAGUCCCGGGCGAAGGGCAGCGAGUUUGGCAGACGUUGCGAACAUGUCACCUUCCACGGAGAAAGAUAACAAGGAGAAAGACUUUUUACUGCAACAGGUCGAAGCGAGAGAUUUAAUCGAUUUCGGUAUGAUACCCGAAUUCGUCGGUAGAUUUCCUGUUCUGGUGCCUUUUCACACUCUCGACAAGGAUAUGUUGGUGAGAAUACUAACAGAACCUAAAAAUGCUAUGGUGCCUCAGUAUCAGAUGUUAUUUUCAAUGGAUAAGGUAGAACUAACGUUUACGACGGAAGCUCUACACGCGAUAGCAGCGCUUGCGAUGGAAAAGAAAACGGGUGCGAGAGGACUUCGCGCCAUCAUGGAAUCGUUGUUGCUCGAACCAAUGUUCGAAGUGCCAGGCAGUGACGUAAUGUCCGUUCACGUGACCGAAGGUUGCGUGCAAGGACGCGAGAAACCACAGUACAUCAGGAAGGGCGAUGCUACCGAAGAAGAGCUACAAGCGCAGCAUAUACACAAUUAACAAAUAGUUCAUUAAAAAAAUAGACCACACGUUUCAUUGAUUUUAUUGAAAACUUGAAACUACUAAAACUGUUUCAAAUAUUUCCGGAUCUAAACACCGAGUAUAUAACUUCUCCGAAGCACGCUCUUUUAAGAAACAAUAUUUUUCCAUGUUAGGAAACGACCAUCGGAUUUUCAAAUAAACACAAAUACGCGGCGUUCGAAUCGAGACAAACGGUAAUAUUUUUUUCAUUUCGUAUUCGAAUAAUUCAACCCCGUACAAAAUGAUGUACGGUUUCUGUGAAAAUGGUUCUUUAAUUGCAAUGGUAUUCGGUUUUUUUACCCUUUGGCCCGCUUGCAAAGACUUCAAUUGAAUAUAUACUUGAACUAGAUGGACAAAAAUUAACGCUUAUAUCCUUUGCAAAAAACGUGUUACGUGCGCAUGAAUUUUACAACACAUUACUAUUAUUAUAUCGAUUGAGAAAAUCGAUGAUGUAUGUGCUUUAAGAUCACAAUAACUCCAAUGAUUAUACAUUGUUAUUUUGAUUGACUUUCUUAAUUAAAAUUUACAAUUUAGAACAAAGAAAUUGAAUGAUUCUUAAAGAAGGAAUAAAAUACUGUGUAUAAACGAGGAAUUUUGUAACAUAUUGUAUAUAACGGUAGUUUAGUUAAAUCGACAAAAUUAGAAACUUCGAAACUGUAUAACAUUAGACGAUAAGUGUAAUUUUGACAUUUCUUUACGAUGCACACGUAGAUGCGUAUCGUGUACAUUACACAGUACUUUCUUAGUUGGUGUUACAUUAAAACCAUUUCGUAAUGUUAAGCAACACGGAGAAACAUUUAAAACUACAUGUGUUUUUUAAUGUUACGAUCGGUAGAAUUGUGUAAUACUUUUAAUGUAGUAAAGUAGAGAACAGCAGCGGUAAAGCGACAGGGCAAAUUGCUAAAAAUUAUCAUAAGACGUGUAGCUAGAGAUCUUACGUUUCAGUACGUACAUACAAGAUUUUUACCAAAAGGUAACUAACAUUUUCCCAAUAAAAGUGAGCGCAUUCAGAAUUUCAUCUAUUUUUCAUUUAUUUUUCAUUCAUUUUUCAUUUGAAGAGUUACAAGUCGAUUUGAGAACCAGAUUCGGACCUAACGAGAAAAUCUUACCUAUCCCUGGUAACAGUCUUGUAAUAGAAAAUUGAACAAUUCUAACAUCCGUUGUGUCCUUGGGGGUUCCGUUUACAAGUUUAUUCCUUGAUAAGCAAUUGUCAAGAUUUUGUAAAAGAAAAAAAACAGAGGAUACAUACCAUUAUACUGUGGAGUUGAUAACAAUUAAACAAACACAGAAAUUAAACACUAAUUGAGGAAUUACUGUAUUUAUGUGCUUUAUACUAUAUAUAUAUAUAAAAGAAAGGCUGUGUAACAAAUAACGCAAAUUUAAAAAGGUAAACAUAGAAUGCAGUGAA